AUGUCACGGAACUCGGCGUUGAAGAGCGUGUCGAGCUCCACGGCGAAGAUGUGGUCGCUCCGGUUGCCGCCGUCGGUGUCGUUGAGGAGGCCCAGGAACUGGCCCGGCAUCGCCGUGGAGAGCAGCUCCCUGGACGCGGAGACGAAGAAGGCCAUGCCGUGGCUGCUCAGGUCCGCGUACUGCCCGAAGAUGGCGAAGACGAAAGUGGUCGAGAAGGACCGCGCGGCGCCGUCGCCGGUGCCGUUCGCCUCGCCGCCGCCGCGGAACGGCAGGGGGGACGGGUGGAAGGCCUGGCCUUUCGUCUGGAUGGUGCCGUUGGUCAGCAUGAGCAGGCCGUUGGGCAUGACCACCGCGCCGUCGAGCGUCAGGUUCACGCCCGCGAAGCCGUUAUAG